AAAAUUGUAAUAUACGAAGCAACACAUGUCACUGCUGCUUAGAUUAUACUUAAAAUUUUAUUAACCGAAAUUUACUGUAACAAUGUUGAUUUUUUUUUAAAUUUCUUAAAUUUUACUUUUAUAAAUUGGAACCGCUGAAAGAGGGGUAACUUGUUUGGUAUUGCAUCGCUUAAGGGAAUCCUCGAAAGUCGCCAAGAUGAAGUUCCGAAGUAGUGGAAAGUUUUUAUGGAAUUGGACCAGGUGUUCGCUUACGCAGCAGAAUCGAAAUGUGCUGGUCAAAAUACUGAUAACCUCCAGCCAAAGCUUCACCAGGGAAAAUUCGAACUCGAAGCAGCCAAAUCUCCUGCCCUAUCAUGUUUUGCCGCUCGAAGAGACGAUAAAACGCUUUAUGACCACUGUUGAACCACUUUUAACAGAAAAGGAGCUCAAACAGCAGAAGAAAAUCACUGCUAGCUUCAUGAAAAAGGAAGGACCUGAUCUGCAGAAGCUCUUGGAAGAAGCCGGCAGUAAGGAGAAGAAUUGGUUGGCCCCUCGAUGGCUUAAAGUCGCCUACUUACAAUUUCGUCAACCAGUCACUGUCUUCGUCAGUCCAGGCAUGACAUUCCCCAAACAAAGCUUUGAAAAUCCACACGAUUUUAUCGACUACACGGCCAGAGUUAUCUUUGGUUUGGGUGAGUUCAAUGACAUGGUGCAUGCCAACAAAAUUCCAAUUGUUAAAAUGGGCAAGAACGAGUUGGACAAUAGUCAGUUUGGCAAGGUAUUCGGCACAAGUCGGAUACCAAGAAGGGUUACCGACGAGAUCGCCUACAAUCCAUGCUCCGAUUAUGUGGUUGUGAUUUACAAGAACCAUUUUUAUCAACUGCAAAUAUAUGAUAAGGAGGGAAAACUCAUUAUAGCUCCAUGUCUGGCUGGUCAACUGGAAGAGAUCAUGAAGAAGGAGACCAAAUUUGGAGUUCCCUAUGGUAUUUUGACCACCGACUCGAGAGACAACUGGGCCGAGGCCUAUGAACACCUGUCGAAUACUCCUCGUAACGAGAAAGCCAUUAACAAAAUCCAAUGUGCUCUGUUCGCAGUCUCACUCGACGAGUGUACCACUCCAAAAGAAGGUCAGGAUGACGAGGAACUUAUUCUCUCACUGAUCCACGGAAAAGGCAGUAAAUUCAACAGUGCCAAUCGCUGGAUGGAUAAGACGAUUCAGUUGGUGGUCAAUCCAAAUGGAAACGUUGGAUUCACCUAUGAACACUCUCCAGCUGAGGGACAACCCAUCGCAAUGAUGAUGGACUAUGUGGUGAAAAAGAUGAAAGAAGAUUGUAAUUUCGGGGAAUGCGGAUCAGAGGACGUUACUCCCGCAAAGAAAAUACAGUUUUGUCCGCCCAGUAAAUGCGUGGAGCAGUGGCUGAUUAUCGCUCAAAAAAACAUAGAUAAACUUGUCCAUUCACUUCAAAUGAAGGUCUUCAGGUUCGACGGUUAUGGAAAGGAUUUUAUUAAGAAACAGAAACUGGGACCAGACAGUUAUAUUCAGAUGGCUUUACAGCUGGCCUUCUUUAAAAUGCAUUCUGAGCCAGCUGCGCAAUAUGAGUCGGCUCAUUUGCGCAUUUUUGAUGGCGGUCGAACGGAGACUAUAAGGUCCUGUUCCAAUCAAUCCUUGGCCUUUUGCCUCGCCAUGCAGGACUUUGGAACGCCAGAGGCGGAGCGGGCCGAAAAACUGCGAGAGGCGGUAAUCUACCAUCAGAUGUAUGCCAAGCUGGCUCUUCAAGGCAGAGGUGUCGAUCGUCACCUGUUUGGACUGAAGUUAAUGGCUGUGGAAAACUGCCUGCCCAUUCCAGAGUUUUUCUCAUCCCCAGGCUAUGUGAAGUCGAGUCACUUUCGCAUGUCGACCUCACAGGUAGCCACCAAAAAUGAUGCUUUCAUGGGUUACGGACCGGCUACAGACGAUGGAUAUGCCUGCUGCUACAAUCCACGGGAAUGUGACAUCAUAGUGGCCAUAUCAGCUUGGCGCCACUGUGCGGUAACAGAUCCCUGGAAGUUCGCCAAGAUGCUGGAGAAGGCCUUCAUCGAAAUGAAACUUGUUCUGGAAUGCUCAGGACCGCCAGAGAAACCGCCUGAGCCCAAUUGCAAAUUGUGAAAAUGUUAUAAAUUAAUAUAUUUCGGCUAGGAUAAUUAUUUGGAUAUUACUGGAUUUCAUUUAUAUCACAUUAAACUUACCUUUUACCUCCUUUA